AGCCGUUUAUGCCCUUCGCGCCUCCUCGUAACUGCCCUUUAUUCGCAACUUUGGGACACUCUUGACACUCGUAACCUUUCGAGUCGAUAGUCUUCACCACAGCGGUAGCUCACUGGUACGAAGUUAUGAACCGUUAUUCUGUUCUGAAGGAAAAUGACAACAUCAUCCAUCAAGUCAACUUGCCCUCCAAGUCGCUAGAUCCGCUACAGUACGUAGCUGAGGAGGCCCUAAGGGACUUGGGCAACCCAGAUAUCUCUGUGAUGCUCCUUGACCUAGAUCAACUUGAGCGUCAGAUGAAAAAAUGGAAAGAACUGCUACCCCGUAUUAUCCCAUACUACGCAAUGAAAUGCAAUCCCGAGCCAAUGCUGGUGAAGACUCUCUACCACUUGGGCUGUAGAUUUGACUGUGCUACCAUCAAUGAGAUGAAGCUGGUCAAAAGCAUUCUGUCCGAGAAUAUGGGGGAUCCGAACGCCCAUAUUAUAAAUGAAAUGAUGGCUUCGCACAUCGUUUAUGCCAACCCGAACAAAUUGCCGUCUCAUCUCAUUGGUGCCAGAGACCUGGGAGUUGAAUAUAUCGUAGCUGAUUCUGCCUUGGAGAUAGCCAAGAUUGCUCAUUAUCAUCCGACAGCUAAGCUGCUUCUCCGUCUUGCUUGUGUUGACAACAAUGCGCAGUGCCCGAUGAGCUCCAAGUUCGGCGCAUCCCUGGGGGUCGCGGUUAACGUGCUGUUGGAGGAAGCAGUGAACCAUGGCUUGAACGUUGUUGGUGUAUCCUUUCAUGUGGGAUCGGGAUGCUCGGACGUCCACUCUAUCACCAAGGCUCUGGUUGAUGCUCGUGAAGUCUUUGAUGCUGCUGCCUCUCGCUUUGGCAUGAAGUUGUCCAUUCUUGACAUCGGUGGAGGCUUUCAAGGCGUCGAUAGGGAAGGAUCCCCACUCAACUUCAAGUCUAUGGCUACUGUGGUGAACUCUCUGCUCGAUACCCUUUUCCCUGAUCCGGAUGAAGUCCGUAUCAUCGCUGAGCCCGGAAGAUAUGAAUGGUGGAAGUCUAUUGGUUCUCCCCGGUAUGUGACGGCCCCUAUGGUGGAUCAGAGUGAAUUAGCGUUUCGUAUGAUGACUCGAAAGUAUGGCGCGCAGUUUUGCUAUACUCCAAUGAUGCAUGCGAAGUCCUUUGCCACGUCGAAGAAAUACCGAGAGAAGAAUUUCGAAACCGCUCCUGGAGAUUCCCCCCUGGCUGCCCAGUUUUGUGGUGAUGAUGGUGACGUUAUAGUAGAAGCCGCGAAGCAUAUAGAAGAUCAGGUGUCGUGCAUUGACCUCAAUCUGGGAUGCCCUCAAGGGAUCGCUAGAAGAGGCCACUAUGGAAGCUUCCUGCUAGAGGAACCUGAAUUGGUUCUCAGAAUUGUAGAGAAGAUGGUCAAGGGCAUAAAGUGCCCGGUCUCAGUAAAGAUUCGUCUGAUGACCGCUAAGGACGAUGAUGGUUCGGGGAGGCCGGACGUGGCUGCGACGAAAGAGUUUGUGAAGCGGUUGGAUUCCCUUGGAGUUGAUCUUAUUGCGUUGCAUCCUCGAACUAAGGAAUGGAAGGGUCAGUUGACUCAAGCCUGUUGGUGGCAAGCGGCUGCGGAGGUUCGUGCAUGCGUACCGGACAUUCCGUUCAUCGUCAACGGGGGCAUUUCGUGCUUCGAGGAUGUUGAGAAAUGCUUUGAGGUCACCAAAUGUGAUGCAGUGAUGAGCUCUGAGUGCAUCUUAGAGGUCCCGACCUUGUUCAGGGGCCCUGAGAAGGACGGUCCGGCCCUCAGCCAGUGCGAACUGGUGGAGGAAUAUAUCAAAUUUGCUAGAAUGUACCCUCACACUGCGCCCCCGAGAUGUGUCAAGAGUCACGCCUUUCGCAUGCUCUAUGCCCCUCUGCAAAAGUUCAUUGAAGUGCGCGAGAAACUCGGGGGCUCACGUAGUGUGGAAGAGAUAUCUGUUGCAGUCGAGACUCUCGAUGAGCUUGUCAGAAAUGAUUCGCAACAGGCUGAAGUUGAUGCGAAUCCCUGGCCUUCACGGGGAUACUAUUGGCGACAUCAGAAACCGUUACUAUCAACAAGUGACCUCAUACGGAAGAAGAUUAUAGAAAAGCCAGAGGGGAUGGAAGAGCUACCAACACUGGGAGGGAGGAAACGGGAAUAUCGGAGGUUGAGCCGCUCACAACGGAAGGCACUGCGCAAAAAGGAGAUGGAAGAUUCCCGAGGGGUAGAAGCGGAUCAAUCGAGCUCACCGAAGAGGAUUGCUCUUGACGCACCAGCUUGUACAUAG